AUGAGCGAGCAACUGAGAGCAAUUAUAGGCGACAAUAGCAUUAGAGUAGAAUCUCAGUCAACCACCGUUUCUCCAUUCGGAAUACUCAACGACGACAGAAUAGAGAAAGACGCAGUCUACGACUUUUCAAGCAUUUCACGUGAUAACACCUGGAUUGUAUUGAGAGCCAUUUGGGCUGCAACUAAUAGGGAAUACCUUGCAAUUGAGAAGCCAUCUGAUGAAAAGUAUGCUUAUAUCGUACAAUCUGGAUUAGGAUUCGACAGUCCAUCUGACAGCGCCGUUGUCAUCUUAUCAAGAGAAUCAUUCUGGCAGGGUGCUGGUGCAUCCGUCGAAAACCACUGGUUGAAAGCAACUACAGCAGUUGACUUUUCACCAGUCAGUGCCUUCCCUCAGAUACAAUCAUUUACAAAGAAUGAAUUGGUUGCUACAGUACACCCAUUGCGUCCUCCAAAGCCUGCCCCGGGUACCGUUUUCUAUGAAAGGUACAUCAAUGUUGUUGGUCAAUCACUCUCCUUUGUUCACAUCGACGGCACCAACACUGAACACUUUGAGUUCUACAAAAAGUGGCAAAACAGUGACAGAGUAAACGUCGGCUGGAGAGAAAAAGGUCCAGAUGAAAAGCACCAUCAGUAUAUCAAAGACAGAUUGGAAGAUAAACACAUGAUGGGUUUCAUUUUCUGCUGGAAUGGAAAACCAGCCGGAUACGGCGAGUUAGCUUGGGUGAAAGAAGAUCCUAUCAACGUUUAUUGCGGUGGUAUGGAAGAUUACGAUCAAGGUAUCCAUUUGCUCGUCGGAGAGGAAGAAUUUAGAGGAAAGGACAGAUUCGUCGCAACCGUUACGAGUAUGAUGCAUUGUUGUUUCCUUCGUGACGCCCGCACCCAGAAUGUCGUCAUUGAACCACGCGUCGAUUUGGGCUUAGGACCACGUCUCAAAGCUCUUUUGCCAGUUGAGUUGAACAGAGAGUUUGAAUUCCCUCACAAACGUGCGUUCUACUACAAGCAACGUCGCCAGCGUUUCUUCCAAGCUGCUUCCUUUGCUUAGAAUAUGAAUCGGAUAUAUAGAAUAUUUCCUUUAGGUAGAUGUAUAGACGAAUGCAUAAUAAUCUAUAAAAAUAGCACUAAGGACAUAUACUCAAACACCUAAACUUCGUUUGGCGUUCUCGUAACAUAGGUAGGAUAUCGAAACUGCUGGAACGACUUUCGCGAGUGUUGGAAUAAGACCUCUAUAGAAACCCCUAAGACCUUCAAUCGUGUAGGUCUUCUGUAGUACGUCAAAGAAACCUUUAUAUAUUUGUGGAUGGGCAGGUGUGCCGCUCGCUUGCAGUCUCGUACGAAGGAGGUUGAGUGGAUAGACUGAAGUGGCUCCAAUUGAGCCUGAUAUACUACCACAUGCGAGUAAUUCAAUGUUUGAUGGAUCUUC